AACCUCAAGUGCGAGAUGGUUAUGGCGAAUCCGAACCCGAACCUGCGGGCCUUCAGCCUCCGAAUUCCGACAUCAAUUCCGGGCUCUGGCUCAAUUCCUUGGGCCUAUCGUCGCUUUCAGCCUCCGAGUCUCCGGCCCGGCUCCCUUCCGCCAUCCCUUUUCCCCGGUCUCUUCCCUCGGUGGAACUCCUCCGCCUGCGGCUCUAAUGGCGUCGAUGUCCAUCUCCACGCCAUUGGGCUUCGCGGUCGCCCCCCCCGGCUUCCGCUUCCCCUUCGCCAUCCGCUCCCAGAAACUUGCUCAGAUUCGCUUCCUCCGCCUCGCUCGACCACGGAGAUAAAGCCCAGGGUUGGAACUGUAUGCUUUGGGGUGGCUGCAAGCCAAGGUGCAGUUCUUCUUGCUGGGGGAGAGAAGGGAAUGCGCCAUGCGAUGCCAAAUGCUCACAUAAUGAUACAUCAACCACAAAGUGGAUGUGGGGGUCAUGUGGAGGAUGUGAGGCAGCAGGUGAAAGAAGCUGUUCAAUCUCGUCAUGUAAGUUUCUCUUUUGGGAUACAUAUUCGGUACUUCACCCCUGGCAAAUGUCAAGCUACAGACAGGCCUUGGAGUUUGGACUUAUCGAUGGGGUAUUGGUCAGAAACCAGAGUUUUCCGUCUGAUAGUUUCGUGGAUCUGGCAUUCCGCACUUGGACGUCGACUUACUACAAUUUGCAGAUUUUGAUGCUUGGUUUGUCUCCUUUUAUCUCCAGUGGUGGACUUUUGAGCUCAGAAAAUCAAAGCCUUCACUCAGCAAGCAGCAGCAGUCUCCAAUUUAAUGAUCUCAUGCAUAAUUGUCCUCGGAUCUAUGACUGUUAAAAAUUUUACUUCACGGGACCCAAAUCUAAACCUGCUGAUCAAGCUUGGCCGGGGUUAUUCCAAACAACUUGUAGUUUAAAUGGAAUUAUCUGAUCAUUAACUCACUUGUCUUGUAAUUUAAAUGGAUAAUGCCAAUUUAAGGUGUAGAAAAUUAUUAUUUGCAAUUGAGUUUCUGCCAAUUUUGUUCCA